GUUGCCCGGGAGACCUAACGGGGCGAGUGGGCGGCGCGGCCCAGAACCGGCGCUGCCGGAGAAGCCGGGCCAGAGUUGGGAGGAGUGGCUCCCCCCGCGGCGCGAGGGGCCGGCGGGUCCUAGGGCAGCGCGAGGUGGCUGAGGCGCUGCUGGGCGCGGCCAGCGAGCCCCUGGACGCCUCGGGUCGCAGUUCAACCUUGGUGGAACCGGGAUCUCUACUUGGUUGGUUUGCGCGCCCGACGGUCCCAGUUGGGCUCGGCAGAGUGCGGGAGCACCGGGUUGCCGCGACGGUGCCGGGAGCCCGACCCGCGCCUCUGCUCCGGCGACAAGGAGUCCAGCAGGCAGCGGGAGCGCUCCCCGCAGCCCCGGGAUGACUUCUUGGGAUUCCCUUCUGGCGCCCUUGCUGCUCCUGUCCCUGCACGGUGUUGCAAUCUCUCUGGAAGUGUCUGAGAGCCCUGGGAGUAUCCAGGUGGCUCGGGGUCAGACUGCAGUCCUGCCCUGCACUUUUACCACCAAUGCAGCUCUCCUUAAUCUUAAUGUCAUUUGGAUGGUCAUUCCUCUCUCCAAUGCUAACCAGCCCGAACAGGUCAUUCUGUAUCAGGGUGGACAGAUGUUUGAUGGUACCCCUCGGUUCCACGGUAGGGUGGGAUUCACAGGCACCAUGCCAGCCACUAAUGUCUCUAUCUUCAUUAAUAACACUCAGCUGUCAGAUACUGGCACCUACCAGUGUUUGGUCAACAACCUUCCAGACAGAGGAGGCAGGAACAUUGGGGUCACUGGUCUCACGGUGUUAGUUCCUCCUUCUGCCCCCCACUGCCAGAUCCAAGGAUCCCAGGAUAUUGGGAGUGAUGUCGUCCUGCUGUGUAACUCAGAGGAAGGCAUUCCUCGGCCAACUUACCUUUGGGAGAAGCUAGACAAUACCCUCAAACUACCUCCAACAGCCACUCAGGACCAGGUUCAGGGGACAGUGACCAUCCGGAACAUAAGUGCUGUGUCUUCAGGUUUGUACCAGUGCGUAGCUUCUAAUGCCAUCGGAACCAGCACCUGUCUUUUGGAUCUCCAGGUUAUUUCACCCCAACCCAGGAGCAUUGGACUAAUAGCUGGAGCCAUUGGUACUGGUGCAGUUAUUAUCAUUUUUUGCAUUGCACUAAUUUUAGGGGCAUUCUUUUACUGGAGAAGAAAAAACAAAGAGGAGGAAGAAGAAAUUCCUAAUGAAAUAAGAGAAGAUGAUCUUCCACCUAAAUGUUCAUCUUCUGCCAAAGCAUUUCAUACUGAGAUGUCAUCCUCAGAGAACAACACAUUGACCUCUUCUAACACCUACAACAGUCGCUACUGGGGCAACAACCCCAAAGUUCAUAGGAAUGCGGAGUCUUUCAACCACUUCCCUGACUUGCGCCAGUCUUUCUCCCUCCACUCAGGCAAUGCCAAUAUCCCAUCCAUCUAUACAAAUGGGAACCAUCUGGUUCCAGGUCAACCUAAGACUUUGGUAGUGACAGCCAACAGAGGGUCAUCCCCGCAGGUCAUGUCCAAGAACAAUGGCUCAAUCAACAGGAAGCCACGGUCUCCACACACACACUCCUACACCAUCAGCCAAGCUACCCUGGAGCGAAUUGGUGCAGUACCUGUCAUGGUGCCUGCUCAGAGUCGAGCUGGAUCCCUGGUAUAGGACAUGAAGGGAUACUUGUAUUAAACAAGAAUAAAUGGAGUUUCCUGUGCA